AGAAGAGGAUGAGCAGGCAUGCUAGACUGCUUAAUAGUGACGCUUUUACUAGCUGGUUUUACUGAAUCGUUCGUUUGGAAAUUAUCCAGUGACGGAACUAAUUACGAUGGUGGUAAAGAUCUAUCUUGCGGUAGAACAUACACCAAACCUUGUAGAACUCUACAACAGGUUUUUGUUCUACUUGGGGAGAAUGAUACGAUUGAAUUAAUGGACAGUGGUCCAUUCGAGUUAUGCGAGGACGAAGUAUUAUACGUGAACAAUUUAUGGAUUCGAAGCGUUGUCAGAUCCAUAAUUGGCUGCACACGAGAGUCCAAUGCCACCAUCAAGAUUAUUAAAGAAUUAAAAAAUGAUACCUCUGAUUUUGGGAUACUGAUGCUUAGUCGUGUUACUAUUCAAAAUUUAGCAAUUUCAGCGAUGAGCUUAAAUUUUACAAUUGACGAAUGUAAGUUAAUUGACUCUUCAAUAAAUAUAGAAUGGGACGGCGGAAUUCCAGGAAGAGAUGUCAAUAUUAGAAGAUCAAAAUUUGUAGGUUCUGUGAGAAAAAGUGAUAGAAAAGACUUGAUAACCCCUACAAAUAUAGCUAUAAUACAGAAAGUAUAUCGUGAGCUAACUUCUGAUAUGAUAUCUGCUGACCAAUUUAGAAUUAAUAUCGAAGAUUCUUCAUUUAUUCACGCAAAAUUAAAAAUUGAAGUGAUCACUCCACCAAUUAUCCGUUUUAUAAAUCUUACGUUCGAUAAUGACCCAACAAAGUUGGCAAUUAUGAAUUUUAUCGAAAUUAAAUUACGAUACGACACCAUGAAGUCACCUUCCUCCUUCUAUGGAGAAGGUUUAAUAAUCAAGAAUCAAUACCACGAUAAUCCAAUGCAGGGUGUUAUAACCUUAUGGGAAGCAGCACUAACGUAUCGUCUUUUUUGUCGAUGGGUAAAAAAUUAUACUUACCAUCGUUUUACUUUAAAAGAUUCUUUAUUCGAAAAUAAUGAAAGGGGAGUCGUAGUCAAUGGGUGCAUCAAUAACACAUUAAUUGAAAAUUGUAAAUUUGUUCGCAAUAUUGCGAUGCAUGCUGGAGCCGGUUUUCUUGCACUUUUUGGACCAGAACGGUCAAGCAACUUACUAUGGACUGGUAAAAUAUCUAAUUCCGUCUUCUUACACAACAGAGCAGGGGAUUUUAGACCGUUUCCCCGUACUUAUGAGGAUAAUUUUAGGAAAUUAUCAGAUGGCAGUCAAGUUGGGAUUUACUCUGAGUUCGUUAAAGGUACAAUUGUACUUGCUGGUAAAGCUGGAGCUAUUCGGGUUCAAAGAGGCACUCUGUAUGUAACCAGCUGCAUAUUUGUUAAUAAUUCGGCGCUCGUAUUGGGUGGAACGCUCUUUGUAGAUAGAUCCGGAGACUUGAAAAUUAGUAAUACAACUAUAACGAAUGUUUUCAAUCGGGAUCUACUUGUUCAAGGUGAUACACUAUAUUCAAAUGGAAACGUUAGUAUCGAAGGACUUGUUCUCAACAUAACAAACGCACAUAAUGAGAAAACAAUGCUUAGGCACAGUGGUAAACAUUGGUCCAUUGUCGUCUAUGAUAUAAACAUCACUUGUCCAUUGGGUCACCGAUUAAGAGUCUUGAAUAACUCCGCCUAUAAAGUUAAAGCUGAAGUUGGCCUUUUAAGUAGCUAUAAGCUCGAUCAAUUGUCCUACUAUUGCGAAUCUUGUCCUAGGCAUAAAUAUGCUAUUAGACAAGGAAAAAUGUCAUCUACCCUCGUGGCAGAGUCAACUGAUUUAUUUUUUUAUACUCUCAUGAUCAAUGGGGAUUCUGCCAAUCGUCGCUUUACUGGAAGUUAUAAAUAUGAUGACAUAGAGUGUCUGCAAUGUCCGUAUGGGGCUCAAUGUUCUCAAGGGGCACCGGAAGCGCAGCCAAAUUUUUGGGGUUACAGUUAUCGCUCUGGCAUAAAAUUUCAAUUGUGUCCAAAUGGUUAUUGCUGCGCUGAUGUGAAGUGCUCGAAAUUUGACGCUUGUGCACAUCUGAGAAGAGGACGAUUAUGUGGGAGGUGUAUGGAAAAUUAUACAGAAGCACUUUUCUCACCUAUUUGCGUUCGUAAUGAAACUUGUGGCCCUCUAUGGAUUUGGUUCUUUCUACCCGUUUACGGAAUACUAUUUGUUUUAUUCUUGCUUUAUCAGAAAGACAUCAGGGAUUUUAUUUUUAGCGUUCCACCGCCCAAUACUCUAGUUGAGGUUCCUAAAACAAAUGGGACUGCAGCGAUCGAAGAUGAAUCAGCGUUAGAGAGAUUAAAAAAUGAUAAGACAGAUAAAGAAAGGGACAGUGAUGCAGAAGACAACGAAAUUGAAGUUCAAGUCCAAACUAAAGUUAGCCAAGAGCCUCCUCCUGAUAUAGGAGCAACCUUCCUUAUCAUAGUUUUGUACUUUUUUCAAGACGCAAAAUUACUAUAUGUUCAUACAGUUGAUAACGCUGACGCUAAUCCCAUCUAUUUAAUGCUCAAGCAUAUUUUUAUAGGACUGCUCCAAUUUCGAAUGAACGAGUUAGCGACGGUGUCUAAUUUGAAUAGAGUGUGCUUGUUACCGGGACUACAGCCUGUAUAUAAGCAACUAGUUCAAGCAGUUGUUGUUCCUUUUGUUAUAUCUCUAUUUCUUACUCUCUUCAUAAUAUGUAGAUGCAUAAAUAAAUCAUCGCUUUUCUUAACGAGAUUAUCUACAGGAUUCAUGCUUACCUUGCUGUUCACUUACCAACAACUAGCAACGACUGCUUUCAAAUUAUUGAAUUGCGUAACUGUUGGAGAUCAAUUAGUUUUAUUUUUGGAUGGCGAAGAAUUGUGCUAUAGACCUUGGCAAUACGGGGUUCUUGCCUACGCAAUUUGUUGUAUUGUGCCUUUUUGCUUGGUUUUACUGUUGGGUCCUGGUCUGUUAAGAGAUGGAAGAGUAUCGUUGCCUUCUUUCUUUUGUGCGUGUCUUUUUCCCCUACCUUUCCUGGGUUAUUGGUUGUUCCUCCGGACGAGACAGAAACCUGUCAAUGUUCCUACAAUGUCCAAUCCAACAAGAGCUGUGUAUAACGUACUACAAAGGCCUUACAAAUCAACCGAUCAAUUAACCUUCGGUCCCUAUUGCUGGGCAGGUGUAUUAAUAGCUAGAAGAUUAGUACUGGUUCUGCUGUACACGUUUACAAAUAGUCCUUUACUUAGAAUUCUCUGCAUGAUGGUUGCACUCUUUCUUAUCUUGAUUCAUCAUCAACACGUUAAGCCGUAUCGAGAUAGGAGAGGAAACGUUGCAGACACAGCAUCAGUUUCAUCUCUCCUACUUAUAGCUGGUAUAAACUUAGUAAGGGCAACAUUUCAGAGUGCUGAAUACGUUCCCCAUGGUCCCAAUGUUACGCUUAUGACUAUUCUGAAAGCUCUUGAAAGUCUACUAACAUUAUGGGUUCCUGUUUUGUUUGGUACCAUUGUUUUAGUAGUACUCUUUGGGAAAUUGUGCGUUAAAUUUAUAGUCAGAAAAAUUUUUACAAAGAAAAGCCUUAAACAACCGGAAAGAAGUAAUGAAAAUGUUUGUUUGAAUAAGGUUACUAGUUUAUAAUAACUGAAUUAUAACAAUGCCAAAAGAACAUGAACGAAAUUUAAAAAAAGGUUUUUUAAUUGAAACACAUUGUAUUCAUCAUCGUUUUCGUAAGAAAAACUCUGAAAAAAGGAAAUUUUGUAAUAAGAAAAUAGAAGAAAUUAUUUUACAAAAAUCAGAAAACAAUUUAGAAAUCGGAAAAAGUUAACUUUUCUUAAUUGUGUAAAAGAAAACAUAGACUGUAAGGAGGAAAUGAAGAAAAGAAGAAGAAGAAUAUGGCGUUUAUUAUAAUAAUGGUAUAAAUCUACAAAACACAUAAAAAAUGAACGAGAAUCAAGUAAAUAAAGAAGAUUAAAUCUAUUAUCCAAUAUCUAAUAUAAAAAUUUUAAGAGGUUAAUUAUUCAUUUCUUUAAUCAAUUUUGUUGAUGUUUUAAAAAUCAAAAGAGAAAUUUUAUAUUCAAUAAUUAAUAAAUAAAAAUUUAACAAUCUUUAAGAACAAACCAAUUAC